AUGUCUCAUACUCAACCUUCUCCGACUGCGAGCGUCGCUCAGCACCAUGCGCACAUGGCGGCGCAUCCGCAGGUCAAUGGUCAUAUGCAGCCGAUGCCCGCACAAGGACAGAAAGCUGUGCCUCUCACCACUGCCCAGAAGAUUACAGCCCUCAAUGAGUCAGUCUGGCUUCAAAUUGGAAGCAUGACUGAAUUGAUGGGGGAUCUGGAUGGCUCAAUGAACGCUUACGAGCAGGCUCUGCGCCAUAACCAAUGGUCUGUGCCAGCUAUGAAUGCCAUCUCAUGCAUCCUCAGAACCAAGGAACAAUUCCCCAAGGCGAUCGAAUACCUCCAGAACAUUCUGAAGCUGGAUCCAGCUAGCGGUGAGACCUGGGGGAGCUUGGGACACUGUCAUUUGAUGAUGGACAACUUGCAGGAAGCAUACACCUCGUAUCAACAGGCUUUAUAUCACCUUCGUGAUCCUAAGGAGCCUAAACUUUGGUACGGAAUCGGAAUACUCUAUGAUCGCUACGGAUCCCUGGAUCAUGCCGAGGAAGCUUUCUCCCAGGUUAUGCGCAUGGCUCCGGAUUUCGAGAAGGCCAAUGAGAUUUACUUCCGUCUCGGUAUCAUAUACAAGCAGCAGCAAAAGUUCAGCCAAAGUUUGGAGUGCUUCAAAUACAUUGUCAACGACCCGCCUCGCCCUUUGACUGAGGAGGAUAUCUGGUUCCAAAUUGGCCAUGUUCACGAACAACAAAAGGAUUUCGAUUCCGCACAAGCUGCCUACCGUCGCGUCCUCGAUCGCGAUCCUAACCACGCCAAGGUUCUCCAGCAGCUCGGAUGGCUCUACCACCAGCAGAGCACUAGCUACUCGAGCCAGGACAAGGCCAUUGAGUUCUUGGAGAAGUCUGUCAGCGCAGAUAACACCGAUGCUCAAAGUUGGUACCUUCUGGGUCGUUGCUACAUGUCGCAGGCCAAAUACCCCAAAGCCUACGAAGCCUACCAGCAAGCUGUCUACCGCGACGGUCGCAACCCAACCUUCUGGUGCUCGAUCGGUGUACUGUAUUACCAGAUCAAUCAGUACCGCGAUGCGCUUGACGCCUACUCUCGCGCUAUUCGCUUGAACCCUUACAUUUCGGAAGUCUGGUAUGAUCUGGGUACUCUGUACGAGUCCUGCAACAACCAGAUUGCCGACGCCCUUGACGCAUAUGGCCGUGCUGCGGACCUCGAUCCCAGCAAUGUUCACAUUAAAGCUCGUCUACAGCUUCUCCAGAGUCAAAUGUCUGGCUCCGCUCCCCAACAAGGUUCCGCGCCCGCGCCCCAGCCGCAAGAUGUCCACCCACAGGCAUAUCAAAACGGUGUCGGUCAACCCCCAGCUCCUCAGUGGGGUGCUCCAGCACCUGUUGGCCCACCACCUCAGGCACCUGCACCUCCCCGCCAUGUCGCUGAUUGGAACCGAGGUAUCAACGAUCUUACAUCUGCGCCUCCUCCCAGUGGUCCUCCUCCCGGCAUUGAGGCCCGCGACAUGCCUCGCAUCCCCGGUGUGGCUCCACAGGCCAGUCCUCGCCAGGAGCCUGGUCGCGUAUUCCCUGACCCUGCUCGUGGGCCGCCUCGUUCCCCAAAGAUGGGUGGUCCCGCUGGUUACCCUCCCCCACAUACUCUCCCUCAGUUGGGAAAUGGACCAGCCCCCGGACAUGAACGUGCCCCUAGUAGCGGUCCCGGAUUCAAUGCUCCUGCUCGUGGCCCUCUUCCUCCAGCACCUGGCGCUGCUCCUCCCCCACCUGGACCUAACACUGGAGCUCCUCCUGUUGGUGGAGCCCCUCCCCCAUACCACCGCCCCUUCAGUCCCCCGACUGAGAUCCGUCCUAUCCGCGAUGAGCGUCCUCCUUCCCCUAGCGCUGGAUACCCCCACCAGAACUACCACCCCGGUCCUACUGCUGGUGGCCCUGGCCCUAACCCCCCUCCUGGCCCUGGCGUUAACUCAACCGGCAUUGCCUCGGGUGCUCCUGCACCUGCUGCCGCUGCCGCCGCCGCUGAGGCUGCUGCCCGUGAGCGCGGUGAAGAUCGUCCCACCUCUGCCAUGAAGCGUGGCCGUGAGUGGGAAGAGUCUGGUCCAGUGAAGAAGCUGGCAAGUGAUGAAAACCGCGCUCGUCUAGAUGAUCAGAAUAGCCGCCGUGCAAGCCCUCCAGCCCACAUGCCAUCUCCUGGUGAGAUGCAGCGUCGUAGCUCCUCUGAAGCUCGUCGUGAGGAUGCUCGCCGAGCUAACGAGAACUAUCACCCCUCUGAAGCUGCACACCACCCUCCUACUCUGCCUUCCAUUCAGAGCAUGCCACCCCACGCCCCCGGUGGCCCCAGCCUCCCUCCAAUGGCUGAAAGCUCUGUCCCUCCCUCUAACGGACCCCCAUCAGCUCCUCCAUCGGCCAAUACCCCGGUCAAGGAGGAAGCACCUCGUCCUGAGCCACCUUCCUCCCACGAGCCUCCAGCUCGUAAGAUGGAUGUUGACGAGGACUACGAUGACGAAGUGGAAGAGGAGAAGAAGGUCAGUGCCGCGGCCAAGGAUAGCCCGAAUGGUAGUGCCGCUGGCGCCGCCAAUGGAGCUGGCGUUGCUGGCAACGGUCGCCCGGACCCUCAGCGGCACCUGUUAAAAGGCUUAAACAGCGGGGUCAAGAUGAGUCACCGGAAGUACGAAGCUCCUCGCCACGGCUCUCUCGCCUACCUCCCGCGCAAGCGCGCUGCCCGCCACCGCGGAAAGGUCAAGAGCUUCCCUAAGGAUGACGCCAAGAAGCCCGUCCACCUGACUGCCUCCAUGGGCUACAAGGCCGGUAUGACCACCAUCGUCCGUGACCUUGACCGUCCCGGUGCCAAGAUGCACAAGAAGGAGAUCGUUGAGGCCGCUACCGUCAUCGAGACCCCUCCUCUCGUUGCCGUUGGUGUUGUCGGUUACAUCGAGACUCCCCGUGGUCUCCGCUCUCUCACCACCGUCUGGGCUGAGCACCUGAGCGACGAGGUCAAGCGUCGCUUCUACAAGAACUGGUACAAGUCCAAGAAGAAGGCCUUCACCAAGUACGCCAAGGGCCACGCCGAGUCCUCUGGUGCCUCCGUCACCCGUGAGCUUGAGCGCAUCAAGAAGUACUGCACUGUCGUCCGUGUCCUUGCCCACACUCAGAUCCGCAAGACCCCCAUCAAGCAGAAGAAGGCCCACCUUAUGGAGAUCCAGGUCAACGGUGGCUCCGUUGCCGACAAGGUUGACUUCUCCCGCAACCUCUUCGAGAAGACCAUCGACAUCGACAGCAUCUUCGAGAAGGACGAGAUGAUUGAUGUCAUCGCCGUUACCAAGGGUCACGGUUUCUCCGGUGUCACCAGCCGUUGGGGUACCACCAAGCUUCCCCGUAAGACCCACAAGGGUCUGCGUAAGGUCGCCUGUAUUGGUGCUUGGCACCCUAACCACGUCCAGUGGACUGUUGCCCGUGCCGGUCAGGACGGAUACCACCACCGUACCUCCUGCAACCACAAGGUCUUCCGUAUCGGUAAGGCCAGCGAUGAGGGCUCCGCCUCCACCGAGUUCGACAUCUCCAAGAAGCAGAUCACCCCCAUGGGUGGUUUCGUUCACUACGGUGAGGUCAAGAACGACUGGGUUCUGCUUAAGGGCUCCGUUCCCGGUGUUAAGAAGCGUGUCAUGACUCUGCGUAAGACUCUGUACCCCCAGACCAACCGCAGGGCCACCGAGAAGGUCGACCUCAAGUGGAUCGAUACCUCCUCCAAGUUCGGUCACGGUGCUUUCCAGACCUUCGAGGAGAAGAAGCAGUUCAUCGGUACCCUCAAGAAGGAUCUCGUUACCGAGGUCUAA